AUGUGUCUGUUUGACUGCCUGAUGGAUGCUGAUGGGUGGAGGAGGGGGGACUGGGAGGUGGUGUCGGGUCUGCUGGUCUGCUGUGAUGCCUUCAGGGUCCGUCCCUCCCAGCGGGUCGUCCCCCCCGCCGGUCCUCUAGAGGCUCGUGUCCUCUGGGACCAGGACCCGGACCCAGUCCGGCCCCGCCUCCUCCGGGACCUGGUCCGGGCCAGACGGCACUCGGCCCGGGACCUAGUCCGCUCCCAGCCCCACCUGGUCCAUGACAUGGGCUGGCCCGAGAUCCAGGAGACCCCGUCCCGAUGGGGGGCGGCCCGGACCCGGGACGCCGUGGACGAGAACCGCGGCGUGGAGGACGAGAUGGAGCGGAUGGUCCACCUCGCGGUUCCCCGGGGACCGGAGGACUCCACCCACCCAGAGACGGGGGCGGAGCCAGUGGGCGGGCCGGGCGGAGGCGACGCCUCCCAGGAGGGCUCCAGCUUCUGCGGGACGGACACGGAGGACAGAGACAGAGGAGAGGACGGAGGGGAGGACCGAGAGCGGAGAGGGGGGGAGGACGAGUGGGACAGGGAGGAGACGAGGGGGGGGGACGGACGGCCGGACGUCCUGAAGGUCAACCACACCCCUCCGGACCUGGAUGCUCUGAUUGGCUACAGUCCGUCCCUCCAGCCGUCCAGCUCCCGGCAGCCUGACGUCUCCCUCCCGGCCCCUGAGCCACGUUCUGGACCGCAGGAGCAGCGAGGAGCCCCCGUCCUGGAGGCCGGCCCGGCGGCCGGGGAGCCGUGGGGGGCCGAGCAGGACGAGGCUCAGUCCAGCGGCGGUGGCGGCCUCCACCCGGCCGCCUCCGCACCUCCAGCCGCCGCCCCGUCCUCCACUCCUCCGCCUGCUGCUGCUGCUGCUGACACCGCCGGAACCGCCGGAACCAGAGGAACCGCAGGAACCGCCGCCCCAGAGACCGACACCGGCACGGACUUCGGGCUGCUAGGAAACUACGGCAGAGGCCGGAAGGAGGAGGAGGAGGAGGAGGAGGAGGAGGAGGAGGAGGAGGAGGAGGAGGAGGAGGAGGAGGAGGAGGAGGCAGGCCUGAUUCACAUGGCUGCCUUUACCCAGAAUCCCACGGUGCCGGAGGUGGGCGUGGCUCCCAGCAGGGAGCCGCUGCAGCCCAGCGCGGACGGAGACCAGUUCAAAGGAUCCGGCCCGGAGCGGGCGGAGCCAGGAAUUGGACCGCUCACCACGGGUCCGUUCCCCACCGCCGACCUGAGCGACUCCGCCUGGGACCGGGUGGAGACACCUCUGCUGUCCCAGCAGCAGCUGGUGUGUCUGGACUGGAGCCAGCUCGCCGGUCAAGGAUACGUCAUCUUGAACCUGACGCAAAACUUCAACUGCGAGGAGUUCCGGGUGGACCAGGGCGUCCGCCUGUUGCGGGUCCUGGAGCGGGUGUUUGCUCGCAGGAUGAACAGCCCGGAGGGAUCCUGGAUGAUUAACCUCAGCAAGCCGACCCACCAGCACCGCCAGCUGCUGAUGAACGUGGCGUCCGAGAACGGAGUGAUCGCCACUAAGGACGUUCUGGACAUGCUGGGAGAAAUCAGGAAUUCUCUGGAUAUGCUGGGCAUCCAGAACUUCGACGCCGCCGGCAGCUGCCCGGCCCGGCCCAGCCAGACGCGCAGCGACUACGGCAAGCUGUUCGUGGUGCUGGUGAUCAUCGGCUCCGUCUGCAUGGUCAUCAUCACGUCUGGCUUUGUCUACAUCUGCUGGCAGCGCCGGCUCCCCGCCGCCAAGACCACGUUUCGGGCGGAGGAGCUCCACUUUGUGGAGAACGGUUGCCAUGACAACCCCAUGCUGGACGUGACCAAUGACGGCGGCCAGCCGGAGACGAGCGAGAAGAAGCCGAGCGCCAACGGGCUGGCGGGGGGCGGGGAAGGGGGCGGGAACGACGGCAGCCGCUGGCAGGUGUUCGUCAAUCAGGCGGCGACGGAGGAAGAUGAAGAGGAGCAGGACACACAUCUCUGA